AUGGCCAACUUCGUCUACGAACCCCUUGACACUUGCACGUUUCGCCUGCUCCGCCUCUUCAAAGGCCGGAAGCAUUACGACGACAGAGUCUGUUGCGAACUUUACGAGGCGCCACAUCCGAGUGAAAUCGAUGACGAUGAAGACGUCUACGAAGCCCUUUCUUACACCUGGGGCAAUCCAGACGAUACCGAGCCCAGCCCGGAUGAAACUAAAGAUAUCCUGAUGAAUGACCACCAGGUCCCGGUUACUAAGAAUCUCUACAAUGCUCUCUACCACCUGCGGUACCCUGGAGAAGACCGUAUAAUCUGGGUCGACGCACUCUGCAUCAACCAACGAGAUGCCUCGGAGCGGAGUCUCCAAGUGAGACAGAUGUGUGUCAUCUACAGCAAGGCCAAGAGUGUCAUCAUCUGGCUUGGAGAGUCGUCUGAAGGGAUAAAACUACUUAUGGAGGGAGUACGAGAGCUUGACCGGAGGAUACUGCGGCGUCCCAAGCCACAAGAAAAAGACCGCCUGGACGUCUGGUACGACGAGGGGCGUAGCUUCGUCCGCAACAUGGCUGCCAGUAACUACCAAGUCAGAAGAGAAGCAUUGGAGAAGUUGAUGAAGCGAAGUUGGUUCAGAAGGGUAUGGGUUGUGCAGGAGGCUGCAGUUGCGUCCAGGGCGACGAUUCAGUGCUCGUGGGAGUCGGCUCCGACGAGGACUUUCGCACUCAUGCCGGAACUCAUGGAUGUAAAGCCGCAAAACCGGGCUCGAACGCUGCUGGAGGUCAUGCCAGGACCAUGUCGAGAGCAGUCCUGGUGGCGGAAAGAUCGUCGCUUCAAUACCUUGUUGCAGAAGUUUGGCUGGUUCGAGGCGACGGACGAGCGUGACAAAAUAUUCGCCCUUCUCGGAAUUUCGGUCGACACUGCCGUCGCCGAUUGCCCACUGAAAGUCGACUACGACGCAGACAUGGCUGAAGUUUGCCGGAGAACGAUCUCUUUCCUCGCUUGUGGAGAUAUUCUGGAUGUCGUGACGUACUCUUCACCAGUCUGGCCUCUGAAGGAACUUCGUCGGAUGCUACCUUCACUUAGAAAGAACGUAUUUGAAUGGGCGCUGAGGACAGAGGGAAGUCAUGCCCCGCUCUUGAGGAGGCUUAUUCACGGAAUGCCGCGAAUCGACAUCAACGUUCCACUAGAUGACGGCGGCAGUUAUCCGGUAAUGGUCCUCAUUGAUAAGGAGAAUUCGGCCGAGGAUUUCGGAGCGUUACUUGACUUUACGCAUCGAGAUGCGGCCGAGCUGACAUCGUCCGUCUACUCUUGGGACGACAAGACAUAG